AGGGCUGUCAAACACUCUCUUCACAUCAAGCGGUGGAUGUGUUGGUAGAGGCGCCUGUCUGGCUCUGAUUGCAAUGUAUGCGUGUCAGCACACGAAAGGCGCACCAGAACUGGACACGGCCUCCCUCUCUCUCUCUCCACUGUGUGUGUCUGUGUGCGCGUGUGUGCUCAUUCCUCCUCCUCUUGUUUGACGACAACAUCCUUUUCUCUCUUGACGGCAUUCUCUGUCUCUCUCUUGACCUUCCUUCUGGUCUGGCUUGGCCGCAGCACCACAGUGCCAUCUGUCCUCUCUGUCACGCGCACUCUCUUCUUGCCUGCCUUCCUCAGCUCGCCAGCCAGGUCAAACGCGGGCCCGAAAAGGGGCGGCUUGUCCACACGCAGCACAACACACUUGAGGGCAGGGAAGUUGGAAAAGGCCUUGACCACACACUCAACGAAGGUACCGUGCAUUUCGCGCGUUUCGUUUACGUGUGCCUGCCCGGCGAUGUGCACAUCGAUACACGACACACGGCCGCUCUCCAUGAACUCCCGACCUGCCUCGCUGCAGCUGAACUUGACGUAAGAGCAGCAGUCAACGUCAAGUUUCACCUGCACCUCUACCUCCUUGCCUUCGCUCGACAUGAACCCUAGGCCAUCAGGCACCAGUGUGCACGUAGCCCUAGGCUUAUCAUAUAGAUCGGGAAACUCGAAACAUACCUUACUCAGAAAGGGAGAGAGGGCAUGCAACACGUCACCCGCCCCACACUCAUAGAAGUCCUCGCCCCACCCCUCCUCCUCCUUGUGCGACACGACCACCGACGAGACGCGUGGGAACACGGCCGCCGGAUUGCUCGUGAUGUAGGACGGGAGCGUCUUCUUGCCGCCCCCUGCCAUGGUGGUCAGCUCGGUCGCCGCCUCGCAGACGAGUGAGUCUAGGCCGGGGAUCUUCUUGACGUGGUCUGAUCUUCUGCAUGCGUCGAGGGUGACCUUGUCAGCCUUUCGGCAGCACAGCUCCACUGUGGCGAGGCAGUCGGCGAGGGCCUCCCCAUCGCCGGUGAAGGGCAGGUGGAGGUGGAGGUCCGUGGAGGUCUUGUUGGCAUCGCGGAGUCGGUUGUACCUGCAAGGGGCGUGGCGGCGAGCGAGGGGCAGGUGGAAGUACGUCUCGCUCGCCGAGUCAGCACUCAGGAGCUUGGACCGGAAACGAUGCAGCUUCUGAAUGGAAAGAUACAUGCAGACACGAGUCAGUGUUGAGUAAGUUUUUCCAUCAGCGUGUCCAACAGCCGCCCACCCACCCACCUGGAUGUAUUGCGAUGUCUGCACUUCGGCGAGUCCCAUCUCGAUCUCAUCCAGCGGGCCGAUGUCCGUCGCGAUGUGGUCGAUGAACGCGUCAUCAGGCACCUUGCCGUAGUACAGGGACUGGCUCUGCUGCUGGAACGACACGCGACCAGUCAACGACGUCAGGCUCUGGGCUGCAUCCAUCACACGCACACAGAAACACAGAGAGCUGGGGAUGGCUGGCGGGCCCUCAGGCGUCGGUCCUCUGCUUGCUUAUAUACCUGAGGGUGUGUCUUUGAGGAAAUUCGCCACUUGGUCGAGCCGCACCUCAUGCGAGCGGCCGAUAUCCUCCUGCAAUAAGCACAGGGCAUGGAUAUGUGACCUCAUGAAUGCAUCCUCCCUCCCUCCUUCCCUCCCUCCCCCACCUCGUCAGAUAUGAGGUGCAGCGACUUGAUGCCGCUGUCUCGGAUCCACUGGCGAGGGCCACGCGUGUCGAGGUUGACCAGGCCGAGGUCCUUAAGGACCGGCAGCUGGUACUCGCGGUCCUCUGCGAUCUUGACCCACACGCUGCGGAUGGACGCCGACUCCAAACGCUCAAACACGAUCGGCCCCUGAUUGAUUGAUGCACGGGAUACACAGCGCGUGUAUUAUCAGUCGGUCCUUGUCGUGUCCUCCCCUCGCCUCCCCUGCUCACGUUCUUGUGUGGCAGGCUGAUGCGGCUCAAGUUGCCCUUCCUGUUGCGCGUGUCGCGCUCGAAGGGAAGGUCGUUGCCCUUUUUGUCGGUUGGCGGCUCGUAGGGGCACUGCAGGUCCACACUCUCAACCUUGGCCGAGAGGCUCUCCAGCAGAUACACCAACGACGGCGUGGGGCGAUGGUAGACGCUGAUGCUCACACACUCAGACAAACGACGACCUGCAUCAAGACACCACACCCAAAUGAAUAUGACAAAGGUACCCAUCCGCUCCCCUCUCUCCUUCCCUGCUCACCUAUCCACUUCUCAGCGAUGUCCAUGGUGGGUGAUGCGUCGAGGUCGAGUAUGGGGUGCAUGCCGGGCUGCUGGGUGAGGGAGCGGAAGUGGCCGUUGACGCUCGACAGCGACUCCAUGCACGACACGAACCCGACCAAGGCCCCCAAACCCGCACCACCACCCAUCCACAGAACCUCAGGCAGCUCCUCCAGAGGAGACUUGACCUGACAUUCAAUCAGUCACACAACAGCCAGCCCAUGAAGUGAUGCUGUUUCCCUCCCCUCUCCUUGUGCCUGGUCGCAUACCUCCUCAGCCUUCGGAUCCAACGCAUCAAUGUCCAGCCACCACACACACACACGUAAAGGACAGAACCGACGAAAAAUGACUGAUCCAUCCAUGGGUGCACCCCUUUGCUUCCCUCAUCCAUUUGUACCUCCAUCUGAUGGCCCUCCUCUGUCGCUUGAGCCUUGGAUCUGCCGCCCUUCUUCUUGGGUUUGGCCUCGGCAGCCGCCUUGUCCGCCUUGUCCUUCUUAUCCACCCGCUGCCCCUUCUUGGCAGCCUUGGUGGUGCGGCGGCCCCUCUCCUCCCACUCUGACCCAUCCUCCUCACCGCCACCACUGCUCACGUCCACAUCCAUUGACGGCUUGCGCUUCCGACCCACACCUGCCGCAGCCUCAGCAGCUGCAAUGGCGGCCUGGCGUUUCGUCAUGCGAUGCUCAAAACCCUCUGACGCCAUCGCUGCUGGCGAUA